UGGUUCUCUUGCCUUUGGUUUCUCAUCACUCACUUCUUUCUCAAAGAAGAUAACAUGGCGGAGGCUUUGGUGGGUGGAGUACUCUCUGCAUUCCUUAAGGUUGCGUUUGACAGACUGGCUUCUCGCGAGGUGUUAGACUUUCUCAAGGGAAGGAAACCCAUUGAUGGAUUGGUACAGAAGCUGAAAAUAGAGCUGAUGUCUGCUGAUGCAGUGCUCGUUGAUGCAGAGGAGAAGCAAUUCACAAACCCAGCUGUGGAAGAACGGCUGGACGAGCUUAAAGAUGCUGUUUAUGUUGCCGAUGACCUGUUGGAUGAGAUUGCCUAUGAAGCCUUGCGAUGCAAACUAGAAGCUGAAUCUCAAAAUAACACUAGUUAUGGAAGCAUUGAGAAAGGAUGGUCUAGCUUCAUUCAACAUCAUCCUUGGAAUUGUUUCCAAUCACACCAAAGAUUUGUGGAAGUACUUAAGUCAAAAUCGACUCAUUUAUAUGGUAGUAAACUUAUUGUAAUCUUUUUAGGAAUAAUUCUACUUGGAAAUUAUGUUCCUUGAAAUCUUUUGUUAGAGAUAGUGGCUUAAAUUCAAGUCGUAGUUGCCUUUGUAAAAGCUACUUAAUUAUUUAACACUUUAUUUUCUUC